UAUAGGGAGAUACAUCUAAACAAUGUGAUAUUUUGAUAAAGCAGCUAAAGUCCAAAAAAGACCUGAAGAACUGUUGAUUACAAGAUUAAAGACUCAAAACUCAAUCAWUGAGACCUCCCUGACCUCCACAUGUUUGACGUUGUGUUUGCUAAACGACACGUUUGUCACGUCAGCUUUAAUGGAACCAGUAAAUGGCUGCAGCUCAGAUACAGUCAGCAAAUAAUAAACAGGAGAUUAGAGCUCAAUCAAUUCACUCAAAGCUCAGAGCUUCUCUCCGUUUACGCUCACUUCCUGUCUUUGUUUAGGAACCGCGCUGCUCUGUUGAGCUUCCUGCGUCGUGUCAAAAGACUCUGGAUUGAUCUGAACCCUGAGCUGCUCCCCGGUGAUCCCCGUCACCAUGUCAACCUUCACGGUCCUCACAGCAACCAGGAGUCCUCAGAGAAGCUGCUGAGCUCCUCUCUGCUGGCUUUCAYCAGCUCCGCCAAGGCAGGAGGCAGGUAAGGAGGCAGAGGAGGAAGAAUCACUGCAGGGUAUUUGUGGUGAUGAAAUCCUGCUUUGGUUCUUGUUUCAGACAUGGUUUCUCUCUGGAGUCUUCUGCUGAUUUCUACAUGGCUGCUGAGAACCGGACCGGUUCAUGGAUGCGUCUGCCCGUCGUCAGCCACGGUUCUGUCCCGGUUUCCCUCCGAGGUCCCCGCCRGUGCGUGCUGCCUGAACUACUCGGGCUCUGCUUUCCGUCGCGUGCGCUGGUCCGUGUUGACGAACGGGACGGGCGUAGAAACCCUGGACCUCUCCAACUGCAACGUCAGCCUCAUCGAGGCCGACGGCAGGGAGGCCACGGUGCUUCGGAGGCUUUACCUGGACCGGAACCGGCUGAAGACGCUGCCUCAGCGGUUUCUGGCGGGCCAGCUCAACCUGACCGAGGUGAACCUGAGCGAGAACCUCCUUCAGGAGCUUCCCGAGGGUUUCCUGCAGGACUCCCACAGCCUGCAGAGGCUGCACCUCCAGAGGAACCGGCUUCGCGCACUCCCAGGUUCGGUACUGAACCUGCCCGGUCUUCAGAUUCUGGACCUGGACAGGAACCAGUGGGACUGCUCCUGUUUGUUCCUGGAGGACCUGGAGGCAGGCGGCAGGGCUAACAGGACCACCCAGUUGUACGACCUGGUCAUGAACCUGACCUGCUCCAGUCCUCGGCACCUCCACGGCAGGACCGUGUGGUCCCUGCAGCCCGACGACGUCUGCCGCCCGGCGGGCCUCACCGCGCUCUUCAUCGUGCUCCCCCUCCUCAUCCUCUGCGCCCUGCUGCUCUGCUGGUGCUGCGGGAGGAAGAGGAGGAGGAAGAAGGAAACUCCCACUUUCAGCACCUCCAAGAAGAGGGCCGCCGGCUCCGGCUACAACGGCCACAAACAUCCCAACAAGCCGCCAUCUUCAAUGGUGGCGGAGCUGGAGCGAGGGAAGGUGGGGAUCCUGAAGAACAAGACGCUCCACCGUCCGGAGUCGGACCUCCUGGGCGGCGGCAAGGACGUCUACGAAGACGUGGAGGUCAAGCUGAGCUCCGCGGAGUCUCUGCCUCAGGUGUCCUCACGUCGCUCCAGCUCCACAGAAGAAAAACCUGCGAACCAGGAGCCCGACGGGACCAAYAAGGCCGAACUGGACACGGUCAGCGUGACAGAGGUGAUGAAGGACUCGGCCGACAGGGAGAAGGCUUAUCUGACUCAGUCCACCGAGUACUACAACCUGGUCCCGGGUAUCGAACUGGAGGACUGGGACCACGGCGAGUACGAGAGCAUUAACCACUCGUGACAUCGUAAAAUAAAAAAACAUAAAGGUUGUCACAUUA